GGGAGGCUGCGGCACAGACAGCUGUUUUGAAGACGUGAAUGCCAAGGAGCUCAAAGAACUCGGGGUUCUCCUGCUUCUGUGUCCCAAGUGCCGGGAUCUCAGAGGUCCCGGGCCCUGAGCCUAGCCAGCAAGAGCGACUGGUCUUUGGCUGCGGGGACACCGUGGAGCUGAUCUGCUCUCUGCCUGGAGAUGCCGGCCCAGGCUGCGCUGUCUGGUCUAAGGAUGGCACGGAGCUGGUCGCUUCCCACAGCAUCCUGGUGGGGCCCCAGAGGUUACAAGUGCUGAACGUCUCCCGUGACGAUGCCGGGGUCUACGUGUGCCGGCAGCAGCUCACCCGGGAUGUCCUGUGCCCCUUCACUGUGAAUGUGACAGAUGCUGCAUCCUCAGGAGAUGAAGAAGGUGGCGGGAACGUGGCUGGAGACACAGGGGCCCCUUACUGGACUCGGCCAGACCGUAUGGAUAUGAAACUGCUGGCCAUGCCGGCCACCAGCACUGUGCGCUUCCACUGUGCAGCUGCUGGCAGCCCCACCCCCUCCAUCUCCUGGCUGAAGAACGGCGAGGAAUUCAGAGGGGAGCGUCGCAUGGGGGCCACCAAGUUUAGGCACCGGCAUGGGAGCCUGGUCAUGGAGAGUGUGGUGCCUUCUGAUAGCGGCCACUACACCUGCGUGGUUCAGAACACGUUGGGCAGCAUCCGGCAGACUUACACCCUGGAAGUCCUGGAGCGCUUCCCACAUCAGCCCGUUUUGCAGGCUGGGCUGCCGGAAAACCAGACGGCCACCCUAGGAAGCGACGUGGAGUUCCACUGCAAGGUCUACAGCGAUGCCCAGCCGCACAUCCAGUGGCUGAAGCACGUGGAGGUGAAUGGCAGCAAGACAGGCCCGGAUGGCAGGCCCUACGUCACCGUCCUCAAGACAUCAGGCAUUAACACAAGCAACAAGGAGCUAGAAGUUCUGUCUCUGAGCAAUGUCACCUUUGAGGACUCGGGGGAGUACACCUGUCUGGCAGGCAAUUAUUUUGGAUUUUCCCAUCACUCUGCAUGGCUGGAGGUGCUGCCAGCUGAGAGAGAGCUGGCUGAGGGCAGUGCAGCUGGCAAGUGGUCUGCAGGCCGCAUCAGCUCCUGGGUGGGCUUCUCCAUCUUCAUCUUGACGGCAUCGGUUGGGACGCUCUGCUACCUGCGUGGAGUCUCAGGAAAGAACCUGGGGUCUCCCGGUGUGGACAAUGACAUUCGCUUCCCACCCGAGCAAGAGGUGACCUCCGUGAACUCUGGUCUACCCUGGGUCCGCAUCGUCCACCCAAUUUCAAGAGAAUCUACCGUCAUGGCCAGUGUUUCUGAGCGUCCGCCGCCAGCCGACCCCAAGUGGGAAAUAUCGAGAACUCGGCUGACACUUGGUCAUUCUCUAGGAGAAGGCUGCUUUGGCCAGGUUUUUAAGGCAGAGGCUGUUGGCCUUCACCUGGACAACACUGCCGAGCCCAUCACCGUGGCUGUGAAAAUGCUGAAAGAUGAUGCCAAUGGCCAGGACUUGUCGGACCUGGUGUCUGAGAUGGAGAUGAUGAAAGUUAUUGGCCGGCACGAGAACAUUAUCAACCUGCUGGGGGCCUGCACACAGGGCGGGCCAUUGUAUGUGCUGAUGGAGUACGCAGCCAAGGGCAACCUCCGGGACUUCCUGCGGGCACAAAGGCCGCUCAGCGUGGAAUGCUAUGGUGCCUCCAGGCUGCCAGAAGAACAGCUUACCCGCAAAGAUCUCGUGUCCUGUGCCUGUCAGGUGGCCCGAGGUAUGGAGCACCUGGCUUCUCGGAAGUGCGUUCACAGAGACUUGGCUGCCAGAAACGUGUUGGUGACUGAGGACAACGUGAUGAAGGUUGCAGAUUUUGGCCUGGCCCGUGAUGUGCACCGUCUGGGAUACUACAAGAAGAUCACGCACGGCCGGCUCCCUGUGAAGUGGAUGGCACCAGAGUCCCUGUUGGACGGAGUCUACACCCACCAGAGUGAUGUGUGGUCCUUUGGAGUCCUGCUCUGGGAGAUCUUUACCCUGGGGGGCUCCCCAUACCCUGGCAUCCCAGUGGAAGAGCUUUUCAAGCUGUUGAAAGCCGGCUACCGCAUGCACAAGCCUGCCGACUGCCCACACGACUUGUGAGCAAAGCGUUCCUUACUCACUCCUCUGACUAGUCCCUGGGAGUGGCUGGUUUCCUACCGGGGCUCCUGGCGGGAGGCUGGUAGCCUUGGGUGAGGGAGGGAUGGACAACGGGCCGAGAAACCACAGCCAGGUUUGCCACAGGUAUGUGGUCAUGUGGGACUGUUGGCGUGCGGUGCCUUCCCGGAGGCCCACCUUCAAGCUCCUGGUAGAGGGAUUCGAUGGCAUCCUCACGCACGUCAGCCCACGUACGCCUGGACCUACCGAUGCCUUUUGAGCAGAGCUUGCCAGGUGAUGGGGAUACCGGGAGCCCCAGUUCCUUAGAGACGACUGUUCACCCACGCCCUGCUGCGCCCAACCCGACCCGAGCAUCGGAGGCCUCAGACGUGAGGGGCCCAGGAUCCCAUAGACCAAGCCCCGGUUAAUGUUUACGGAUAUAAAAACGUAUGGGGCCUUUACAAGUUGUAUUUGCUACAGGGUUAGCACUUCUUAUGUGACGCUUCCUCGUUUUGUAGGAUUGGCUAUGAUGUUUCAAACCUAGUGAGAAAAAGCAGUGAACGUACGCUUGUGAUUUUUUUGUACUGUUCCUGAGCCCCUGACUUUGGUGGCUGUCUCUCGCCUAUGAGCUGGCAGCGCCAGGACAGUGUCUCAGGGGAACUUUUCUUGGAGCCCAGAGUGUGGUUUCUCAGCCCACAUCGGCAGAUGUCGUUUUGUUAAUGCAAACAACUUUUCUAAAAAAAAAAAAAUAGGAUCUCUGUGAGUUCGAGACCAGCCUGGUCUACAAGAGCUAGCACCAGGACAGGCUCUAAAGCUGCAGAGAAACCCUGUCUCGAAAAACCAA